AUUUUAUAUAGCCAUAACGAAACGAAACACCUGGUGUUCUUUCUUUAUAAUUGCUGUGUAGACUUCAAGGGACGCACAAUAUCAACGUAUUUCUAAAUGUAUUGCUAGAAUGAAGGCUACAAAUAUUAUAUUUUUCUUCAUAACCUUUGUCCAUUUGAGUUCAGAGAAUUGCAACAUAAUAAUGUGCAACUUGAAAGGAAAAUCAUUAAAACAAUCUAGGCUGACCAGUGCGGAUAUUGAUACAACAGUUUGCCCCUAUCUAACGAUCUCUUUUGCUGAAUUUGACAAUGAUGCUCUGGUAGUAGACAAGCAAGUCUCGGAGACAUUUCCGUGGAUGUGGGUGGCUAAAGCAAAGAACCCAAAUUUUAAACUUGUGUUAUGUUUCUAUAACGCUGUGGGCGUCGAAGAAUUUUAUGAUAUGUACAGAACGCCUGAGAAAAGACUCAAAUUCAUCCCAUUGCUAGUAACAUACUUAAGAAAUAACAAAUUUGAUGGAGUCCAAGUGGAAUUAGCAGUCGGCUAUGGACUGUGGAGCCCGUUACGUUAUAAUAUAGACCGUUGGGCAGAUUUUAUGGAGGACAUACAAAAGGCUUUUACAGAAGAAGCUAAGUCUUCAGGCAAACCUAAACUGUUGCUGUUUGGACAUAUAGAUAGCCGAAAAGAAGACUAUGACCCAUUAUACCACGUACCCAGGAUCUACAAAUACUCGGAUUUCGUUAUCGUGGAUGCCUGGCCAUAUUAUCCACUUAGAAUUGGACCUAAAUAUAAUAUCUCCAUAACUAACACACACCACACCAGAAUUUACAGUGAACACCAAGGAGACUUUAGCAAUAUAGACUACAAUGUGAAAACUAUUCUAAGGAAAGGUGGAAUCAAAGAAAAGACUGUUAUCAGUUUGUAUCUCAUGGCUGAAUUUUACAGAAGAGUUUUUGGUUUAGGAUUUCCAAGAUAUGACUGGGUCAAAUACGACAAUUAUGGCGCAGUUGGCGCAAUAAUGUCUCAAGGUGGCAAUGUAACAAGAGUGUUCGACAACUGCCCCAUUUUUAUGAGUGAUCGGACCGUCAUAUAUUAUGAUGAUGAGAUCAGUUUAACUGAGAAGGUAAAGUAUAUUAAAACUAAAGGAUUAGCCGGAUUUGAAAUUUCAGACAUGUCUGCUGAUGACUUUAAAGGAGUUUUUGGUAGAGGAAAAUUUCCUCUUAUGAGAGCUGUGAACGAGGAAUGUCGAAAGCCUUGAGAGAUAGAUGAAAAGCUAACAUCUAGUCUUGACAUGUGAUUUAUUGACGACUUUCGGAAUCAAAUAUUAAAAACAUAAUAAUAAUUUGAUAUGACUUACUUCUCGUUGUGCAUAAGAAUAAUAUCUUAAUUUUCUGCAAAUGUCCUAAUUUACUUUCUGAUAUUAGAUAAGAUUUGUAAAUUAAAACUAUGACGUAUCA